AUGUCAGGAACAUUCACCAUUUUCGAUGUCCGCGAUGUAACCGUGCAACCUGGUGGAAUCAACACUGCGUUCAUUGGUCCCAAGGACUUGAAGAUGCCCUUUCUGCCGGACGCGUACAAGGGCACGAUCACAGAGCUGUCAUGGCAUCUCAUCGCAGCGUCGGACGGCACAGCGGCUUAUGAGCCGCGGAAGGCAGCCGAGGCGAGUGUCAACGCAGUGCGAAACUCUUCAUGCACUGCGCCUAUGCUCAAUCUGCCGUCGCGGAAAGGGUCAAUGGCCUGA